AUGGCCGGGCACCCGGAAAGCACGCGGUUUCGCCUGGGAAACGCUUGGGUGGGGUGCAACGUUUUGGCCACGCUCUUCGCGGAACGCGCCUUCAAGAAGCGCAACGCGCUGCCCUUUGAGGUGACCAUGACCAACAUGAGGGUGGGUGAAGUGCUGGUCGCCUUCUUCUUGCUGUUCUUGGAACAUGGCAACCAUGGCUUCAACCGAUUCUUUGUGCACUGGGAUGCAUCGACCCUUUGGGUGCUCGGCACCCACGUCUUGGACAUUUGGAUGACGGCCUUUAUGGUGGUGAAGCUGUCAUCCGUGUCCAAGUACCUGUCCAAGUGCAUGACUAUGCUGGUGCUUUUUGGCAUCGCGGUGUGGAACGGGAGGAACGGAAGAUGUACACCUGCCUCCUUGCCAGAGGCUCUGGUGGCGCUCAUUAUCAUCCUGUCCACGCUGCAAUUCUCUGCGCUGGCCAGCGAAAGGUCCUUGUAUGAGGAAGUUGGACAAACGCUCUCCAUGGCGCCCGUCGCCAGGUUGUGGGUGCUAGAGGAGCUCUAUGCCCCUCAACGCUGGAAGCUCGCACAACGGCUCAAGAACAAGUUGCAGCUGCUGCCGCACAGUCGCACUUCGCACUCCAUAUCCACAAUGUUCACUGCGGUCGACACUGUGUAUUGGCCGUUAUGGUCAGUGGGCCUUGGUCUCUGCGGGUCUCUUCAGCUGACUGUGGCUGUGGCAGCUUGGUACAAGGAGGUGACCAUGGCUGUGAUAAAGACCACAGAGGCGAUGGAGAGCACUCCGUUUGUGCAGGUGGUGGAUGACCAGGCCCUGCAAACGGACGCCUCCCUGUCAGCUCUGCUGGAGGACCUGGGCAAGAGCUCAGCUCGCGCGCAGGGGCUACGGAAGCCUGUGACGUCGGGGCAGUGCUUGGGCGACCAGCGCGUGUACUUGCUGAAUGACGGCCGGUGCCCGAUCGGCUUCCUGAAGGUGGGCCGGAAGCGGCUCUUCGUAGAGGCGCCCUUCAGAAAGGGCGACCUCGCGGAUGUCAAAGACGCCUUCCAGGAGAUCAAUCCGCUGUGCGCCUUGGACUUCUACAUCAGCGAGAGGUACCAGCGCGCGGGGUACGGGCGCCAGCUCUUCGAAGCGAUGUUGGCGCGAGAGGGGAGCAGCCCGGAGGAGCUGGGCUAUGACCGUCCUUCGUUGAAGUUUGUCAAUUUCCUGAACAAGCACUAUGGGCUUCGCAACUACAAGCCUCAAAACAACAACUUCGUGGUCUACGACGACUUCUGGGCGAGGGACGAGCGAAUGCAUUUGAGUGGAGCCUGCGGAGGUUCAACCUGCAGGCAAAGUGCCGGGGAGCGCCGUGUGCCGCUGAGUCAGAAGGACCUCUUUUCGCGGCCGCGGCGAGCAGCGCCGAUUUUCUAG